AUCUGACCGCGUUCAGAUAGAGUGGGGUUUUAGUGUCUAUUUAGAGGGAUGGAGUCAAACCAAGCUCUGAAAAAUCCAGGGCUCAGUUUCCCUCAUGUCUUCCUUCAAAUGAAUUAGUGAUGAGAGUGGCUGAUGCUCCGAGUGCGCUUCAGUGAGAGAGAAAGGACGACAGUUCUAUCUCUUGUAGUCAGCUGCUGAUGUAAAAGUGCAAUCCUUUGGUUAAUCUGUGACUGAACUCAAACCAGACGGAUGACUCUCGGAGAUUCCAUCACUAUCGCCGACCUCAUGCAAGAUGUGCUCUGGACUGGCUGUGAUUUCUCCUCCUCCUCAUGCUCAAUGGCAGACGAAGACCACCACUCCCUGCUCCGUUCAUGUGAGCUUUGAUUGCAAAGAGAUGGCUCUGAUCCACAGCUAAACCUGAUCCACUGCUCUCCUGUCUCUGACCAUCUUCUCUCCUCUAUUUCUCUCCUCGUCACCCUCACCAUGGCCUGCUUGUUGGUGUCAGUGUUCCUCCUGGUUCUCCAGACUUAUGCUGCCCCAUCAGAGUUUGUUCAGAGUCUGGAUCUGGGCCCUGGACUCACUUCCAAUGUCACUCUGUCUCCACCCCCGGGGACUAGCAAACAUGCCCCCCACAGCAUUAUCAUUGGGGUGCGCAAGGGGGGGACACGUGCCCUGCUGGAGAUGCUAGAUAUCCACCCUGAGGUCGCUGCCGCCGCCACAGAGGUGCACUUCUUCGACUGGGACGAGAACUACGCCAAGGGCUUUGACUGGUACCGUGAGCUGAUGCCCUAUUCCUACCCGCACCAGAUCACAGUGGAGAAGACGCCAGGCUAUUUCACCUCUUCCUUGGCGCCAGAACGCAUCCGUGCCAUGAACUCCUCCAUCAAGCUACUGCUGAUCCUGCGGGACCCGACUGAACGCGUCAUCUCAGACUACACCCAGGUCUACUUCAACCGCCUGGAGAACCACAAGCCAGUGCAGGCCAUUGAGAACCUGCUGGUGCGCAGCGGAGCUCUCAACACCCGCUACAAGGCCAUCCAGCGUAGCUUCUACGACGUGCACAUGCAUAACUGGCUGCGCCACUUCCCUCUGGAGCAGAUCCACAUCGUUGAUGGGGACACUUUGAUCCGGGACCCCCUUCCUGAGCUGCAGAAAGUGGAGCGUUUCCUCAACCUGCCCCCCAGGAUAAUGUCGUCCAACUUUUACUUCAACCAGACCAAGGGGUUCUACUGCAUCCGGAGUGAGGGGCGAGAACGCUGCCUGCAUGAGUCCAAAGGGCGUCCCCACCCAGCCGUCAAUGGUACCGUGCUGCAGCAGCUACGCUCCUACCUCAGGGAGCACAACCGUAACUUCUACCGGCUGGUGAAGCGCUCCUUUGACUGGCAGUAAGGCUGUUCACCCCUCUUCCCAUGUGGACUAGUUCCCCCUGGCCCACAGAAGACUUAGGAACCCCUGCCCUGUUUAUGGACUGACUGACCAGUGUUAUAGGGGCAAAAGCACUUUAAGAACUCUGACACCCAAACACUCCUGUCAAUUGCCUUUUACUCUGCUCUGGUGUCAGCAGAGCAGUUCCACAUUUCCAAAAUAAAGCAAGAACUUAAAAUAUAAGCUAACAUGGAAAAAUCAGCAAGCUUGAUAAGUCAUUCUCUGUACUGUACCUAACAAAAGUGAAGUGAUGCAGAUUGCGGCAAAACAAUUUUGUGAACCUGAUCAACUUUUUUUCUUCUUUGUUUGAUAUUCUUGUACUUGAUAAUAAAUUGUUCUGCUUAAAAAAUGUA